AUGAACAGGGAAAAAAGAGAUAGAAAUUAUUUAUUUAAAUUAAUUUUAAAUAAUUUGGUCGUUAGAAUAAAUGUAUUUAAAUUUAUACCGGACAUUCAUUUACAUUUAAAUUAUAGAACGUUCAACUAUGAACAGUUGUGUAAAAGAUCGAAGCUGUUGGUUGAAUAUGGAUAUCUAGAGCUUCUAGAGAAACAACACAACCCUUUCGAAUGUAGAAUGAGCGAUAUCACCUAUUUCUUAUCGUUGUCGAGGUUGGCUGCAAAGAAAGGUCGUAUUCCCGUGAUUGAAUACCUCUCAAAGAUGUCGGGUUCUUUCUUCUAUGGCGACGAAGUGAAGUAUGCUGCCUAUGCAAAUCAAUGGGAAGCUGUUAGAUAUCUACUGUUGAAUAGGUUAGAUCAAUUCACAGAUGUUAGACGUUCACUCUUAGCAAAGAUUGCUCAGUUGGAAAGUGGUGGCGACGUUUCUUCAGAUUUGACAAUGGAGAUUGCAGAUCUACUGCUGAAUCGAUCGAAAUCUCUGUUGUUCUCUGCAAAGGAAUUGAUUAGCGCUAUAAACUACGCUAUUGCAAAUGGUAAUCUUAAACUGAUAGAGAUGAUCUACAAGAGUAAACAACAGCUGUUGGAUCGACCGGAUAAUAAUCCGUGGAAGUCGUUGGACGAUGGCAACGAUCAUAUCAAUCUGUUGGAUAGUGCAAUAAAGAAUGGACAGCUAGCGAUAUUCAAUUGGCUGUUGACAGUCAGGAAGGAACAACCGAACCUAGAGGUAUCGCUAAUGGUAGCAACUAGCAAUGGAAAGUUUGAUAUGGUUGAAUAUAUCUUGUCGAAAUAUAGCGACACUGCAGUGUCGGUACCGAAAAACAUUAUAAAGAUGGCAGCGCAAUACAAUCGAUUGGAUUUGAUUCAGAAGUAUUACAACAAUGAACUGGCAAGGAAUGCAAUCAACAAUGCUGUGGAAGCGGGUAAUACAGAGGUUGUGAGAUAUCUCAGGGUGGAGAAGAAACAGGUUGCAUCGGCAGGUUCACUUCUCGUUGCAAUAAAGAAAGGACAUUUGGCGACAGUGCAGUUUCUUCACGAGAAUCAUUGUGACGUUUUCAGUAAGAUGGCUAUGGAUACUGCCGCGCAAUACGGGCAUCUAAACAUCGUCCGAUUCCUACAUGAGAACCGCCGAGAAGGAUGUACUAUUAAAGCACUUUCACUGGCUGCAGGCAAUGGUGAGAUUGAAGUGAUUCACUAUCUCAAUAAGCAUUAUAGAUCAAUGAAAUUCACGGAAUCAAUCGAUAAAGCUGCGGGCAACGGUUGGUUGGAAACGGUUGUCUAUCUCUAUGAAACGAGAGGUGAGAAACCGACGUCGCUAGCGAUGGGAGAUGCUGUUAAGAAUGGCCAUUACCAAGUUGUUAAAUACCUGCAUACCAUCCGUAAGGAAAAGAGCUAUGUCAAUCAAUUGUCAUGGGCAAUAACAGAGAACUAUUUCAAUAUCGUAAAAUUCAUCGUGGAAUCAUCACCGGAUGGCGAUUGGAAUCAUUGGUACAAGACACUGGUGUCAUCGGCUACACGACAAUCCGAUGUAGACAUCCUUGAGUACAUGGAGAAUGAAUGUUAUCUAAAGAAGAAUAUGCCACUGCCAAGUUAUGUUAUGGAAUGCGAUUACAUUGUAAAGAGCGUUGGCAAUGUAGAGUUGAUAAACUAUCUACUUGGCGACCAUACAUAUCAACAAGAUCGCAUUGAAUCGAAAGCACUCUAUCCAGAGGAUAAAGAAGUACCUGAUUACCAAGGUAAUCUCUUUGAUCAGACUAUUAAAUAUCGAUUGCUACUGGUUAUGCAAUAUAUGUUGGAUACAAAUAACAAUGGUAAUGGUAAAGCGGUUCAAGUUACAAGUUCAACACUUAAUUGUGCCGUGGAACAUAGUACUGAACUCUAUGAGUAUCUUAGAGACAACUACCUGCAAGAUAAAUCGAUAAAGCUAACACAAGAAGUGGUAGACUCUGCCAUCAAAAGUAAAAACCUUUCACUUCUCGACUAUCUCAAAGAAACACAUCCUCAUCUCGACUAUUCAAAACAACAAACAACAACACCCAAAGUAUCAGUUGUAGAUCAAAAUCAAAAUACAUUAACUACCACAACAACCAUCAACAACAACAACAACAACAACAAUAACUCAAAUAAUAUUAAUGAAGAAGAAAUAGCUGACAAUUGGGAGAAUCUAUAA